AUGUGGCGUGGCAGGGACGCGCAGCGCCGCGCCGCUUCGUGGUCCGCGCCAGCCACGUCCGCUUGUGGCCUGGACUGGUGCGCCGAUGGGACUCGCGGGCCGGAGACGUCCAAGUGGGGCGCUGCUGAGCCGGAGACGCCAAGUGGGGCGCUGCUGAGCCGAAGACGUCCAAGUGGGGCGCUGCUGAGCCGGAGACGUCCAAGUGGGGCGCUGCUGAGCCGGAGACGUCCAAGUGGGGCGCUGCUGAGCCGGAGAUGUCCAAGUGGGGCGCUGCUGAGCCGGAGACGUCCAAGUGGGGCGCUGCUGAGCCGGAGACGUCCAAGUGGGGCGCUGCUGAGCCGGAGACGUCCAAGUGGGGCGCUGCUGAGCCGGAGACGUCCAAGUGGGGCGCUGCUGAGCCGGAGACGUCCAAGUGGGGCGCUGCUGAGCCGGAGACGUCCAAGUGGGGCGCUGCUGAGCCGGAGACGUCCAAGUGGGGCGCUGCUGAGCCGGAGACGUCCAAGUGGGGCGCUGCUGAGCCGGAGACGUCCAAGUGGGGCGCUGCUGAGCCGGAGACGUCCAAGUGGGGCGCUGCUGAGCCGGAGACGUCCAAGUGGGGCGCUGCUGAGCCGGAGACGUCCAAGUGGGGCGCUGCUGAGCCGGAGACGUCCAAGUGGGGCGCUGCUGAGCCGGAGACGUCCAAGUGAUUUCGAAGAGGUCGAGGGGUCUGUUACACCGCCCCCGACGAACGUAUCACAGCAGCCAUGCAGGUAG